CCAACAGCCAGAAGAGAGGAAGCCAAUCUAACUUAUUGGCUUCUCCAGAAUUAGGAGUCUUGAAAUUGUGUGUGAAGAACAUAGCCACGCAUGACAGCUAAUAGACGUAACAGCGGUUCCAAUAGUAUGGGGAAACGCUUUGUCCACGCGCAUUGGGACUAUUAAUUCCAUCGACUAAAAGGUUGUACCGGUAGUUAUUCUACGAACCGUUCAAGCAAUCGGAGCUUUUUAGAACUUUGCAUUAUUUUCUUUUGGUUUAAGAGUUAUUAGUUAAUCAGAAGAAAAGCUGAGAUUGUUAACGAGGAAGAAUAGCCAAUCAAGAUGAAUUAAUACGAAAAUUACACUACUUAUUUUCUUAAUCAUUAACUAACAUUUUGUGGGUGAUUUUAUUAAUUAAUAUUUGUAUGGUUUGAUACCGUAAUUACUUGAAUAUAUCGAGUCAAAUUUAAACUUAACAAGAUGGAAGAGACAUUAGGGAACUUAACCUUAAUUGGUAACGGAACUUUUAACAACACGUUAAAUGGCACAGACGAAGACAAUGUCACUUGUUGGAAUGAAUACUGCUGGGAUAUAGAGGAAUAUGAAGACCAUUUAAAUCAGCACAUUUUUCCAAAAUGGCAAGAAUGGAUAGUAGUUGUUUUGUAUUUCCUGACGUUUGUAUUAGGAGUGGUUGGGAAUUUCCUGGUAGUUUUUGCUGUAUGGAGAAAUCACAAUAUGAGAACGGUGACGAAUAUUUAUAUUGUGAAUCUAGCUGUUGGGGACUUCCUAGUAAUCAGUCUUUGUUUGACACCAACAUUGGUUCAGGAUAUAACGUACACCUGGUUUCUAGGUACAACCAUGUGUAAGAUUCUAUUGUUUUUACAGAAUGUAUCGGUAUCUGUGUCCGUGCUAACUCUUGGUGCCAUUAGUAUGGAAAGAUGGUACGCUAUUUGUCAUCCUCUGAGUUUUAAAUCCACACUGUCCAGAGCCCGAAAUACUAUCAUCAUAAUUUGGACCGUUUCUUGCAGUGUGGCUCUUCCGGAACUUAUUGUUGCCGACACGUUCGGCUAUUCGUUUCCAAAGCCUUUUACUUCCAUUCUUCUGACCUCGUGUGCUCCGUCGUGGUUACUGUGGGUUCAGUUUGUAUACCAGAUUGCACUGAUGAUCGCCAUGUAUCUUUUCCCAUUAAUUCUCAUGGGGAUCACUUACGCCAAUAUAGCCUAUGUUCUAUGGCGGAAAGAGAUUCCCGGUGAAAUUGCCGGAAGAAAAUCUAUGAUCGAUGGUAAAGGCCACAACCAAGAGGAUAAAUUACAGUCGAGAAGGAAAGCUGCCAAAAUGCUCAUCACAAUUGUAAUCGUUUUUGCAUUGUGCUAUCUUCCUGUUCAUUUGGUUAAUAUCUUGAGGUAUGUUGGCGCGCUUAAAAAUCUGUCUUCCGACGCCGCAACUCUUCAGUCAUUGAUUACACACUGGCUUCCUUACUUUAACAGUUCCAUAAAUCCUGUUAUAUACAACUUUAUGAGUGCGAAAUUUCGUAAGGAGUUUAAAUCAGCCUGUUUUUGUUUCGUGGGGGUUUAUUACAGACAGCCUUUUCGUCGCCCACGUGGAGAGACAUUUACCAUGACGUUUUCACAGAGCAAUUACAGCAACUGCCAUACCGAGGAAGUUACCAUGUCCAGCUUUAAAGAUUGAAAUAGAUAUCGUGUACAUAAAUAAAGAAAAAAAACUCAAUAUGUAACAUACAUUAUUAUUUUGUGCUUAUUUUGUAUACACAUGUAACGAUGUUGCAUUCAUUUAUAAUCACAGGGCCUCGUAGAACAAAGCGGAUUUGGGACUUACGGACACCUAAAUAGGAGAGUGUGUUGUACCUCUAUUAAAUUACGCAUAAGCAACUUAAACAUACAUUAUGCAAGAGCUAAAUCUGCCAAUUGCAGGUCUUUAUUUAGGCCUGAAAUGCUUUCUAAAUUAUUAAUUAGACAUUAAUUAACUUAUCCAGGCCAUAAUCAACUCUCGAUGGCAUCGGAUUUUUCCGAUAUUAAAUAGAUUAGAACAGUUCAACCAUAUUUUGAUUUAAGCUAAAAAUGAAGGAGCGAGACUUAGCUUCGAACAACCAGUACGAUUGUUGAAAUUAUUGCACACGUCUUGCCAAACCUUCAAAGGCUAGUAUCUGCGCUCGCAAUAGAGUAAUUUGAAUGAAAGUUUCAAAUUAUUCAUUUUACAUUGUCUAUUUUCGAACUAUUAUAGCAAGAAUGACAAGCUCUUUAUCUAAAUCUUACAUAAUGUAUCUUUAAGUACGCUUCGUGCAAUUAUAAUUUUCUUCCGUGAAUUGUGUUUGAAUGGAGUUAACUUAUACGUUUCUGUGGUGGAUGGUAGAGCAAUUAGGAAAUUACGAUAAUUGUAAUAAAUGGGCCAGUAUAUUAGGGGUACAGUAACGUUAUAAUAUGGUCCAAGGGUGCAGGGAUUGGUCAAGUCUAUCAUUCAUUAUUGAGGGGAUAGCAAUCAAACUCAUGAUCUUCAAUCAAGGCUAUAAAAAAUACAUGUAUUACGUGCUACUAACAUAUGUCUUCACCUUACCUAUUUGUAAGUAAUGCUUAUUAGUACCUUAUUGGUUAUGUUCUUGAAAAGAUUACUCGGUACAGCUUUGCUGCAAGAUGUAUAAUUGGGACAAAAAUGUCAAAUGAAUUGUGUUGCCAUUAUUUUAUUGUUAUAUCAUUAAUUGUAAAUAAUUGCUGAACUUAUGUAGUUGGAUUAUAACAUUGUAUAUUUAUUAAAUAUGAUUUUUAAAAUGUAUAUUGCCCCUAAUUAUGCGAAAAUACCAUUAACGUAAACUGGCUGGAUGUUCUAAAACUAUUACUCUGCAUGUAAAAUAUAUAUCAUACCAUAUCUGAUACCAUGAACUGAAAGUAGUCUUGAAACAAUUCUGCUGUGUUUGUUUAUAUAGGGAACUUUGUAGGCAAGGCCAAGUUGUUGAUUAUUCUUGAUAGACGUAGAUCACCAGUUAGCCCCGAUUAUACCAGACUACCAGUUCUUAUAUUAAUAGACGUAGUUAACCAAUUAUCCCCGAUUAUCCCAGACUACCAGUUCCUGGUAUUAUUUGGUGUUUAGUGGUCUGCAUCCAAACGAUAGUAAGAGUUGCUUCCCUAUGCACCAAUUUCUUUUCUAACACAUACUGUAUGUGAUUUGGUCCUGUAAAUCUGUUCGAUAACUGGUUCAUUUUGAAACCCCUAUGCGAAAUAUAGCUUGGGAUACUGUGACUACUGCCGGUGUUGACUUACUUCGGACAAGCCAACCUGUCUUCGAUGGCAACAUUGGAUAUUAUCUCGCUCCAUCGAGUAAGCGGUAUAGUAGCAACCUACAAGACAUUUUUUUUACUUUUGAUAAAAAGAGUACUUGACGAUAUUUGUUGAAUAAGGACAUCAUAAAGAAUGCCUAUAUGUCAUUUAAUAAAUCCGUGAGCUCAUAUUUUAUAUGUAUUCAGAAAAUGUAAACACUUAAUCAAAAACUAAUUUUUAAUUCACUAAACGCAGAGGGAUCAAUUAAAGCGUCUACAAUUGUAAACAAAUACAAUAAUAUUACAUUUUGUUUAUAAUUCCAAUAAUGCUCACAUGUUAUGCUCUUAGAAUUAUUAGAUGUAUAGGCUAGUGUUCAAUAAAACCAGCAUGCUCAAAUUGUUAAAAUUGUUUGUUCUAAUUGAUAUUUGUUUGUUGAACAUCGUCUUUCAUAUAUUUCGUUGUGAUAUAUUACAUAAUAAAUAUCGAUAGCAUAUAUAAUUAAAGAUAAGAAAUAUCACAUAUCUAAUUAACACUUAUACAUGUCAUUAUUGCAAUAAUUACAUAGAUUAUUACGACAUAUUAUGUCAAUUUUGUCAAUAAUUACGUACAUUACGGUAUUAUCACUCAUGUUAUUUCUUUUCACUAUUUACAUACAUUACGGUAUGAUGACUGAUGUUAAUUAUUGAAAUAAUUACAUACAUUAUUAUGACUGGUGUUAAUUAUUUAAAUAUUUACAUACAUUAUUAUUAUGACUGGUGUUAAUUAUUGAAAUAAUUACAUACAUUUUAUUAGCAUGGCUGAUGUUAAUAAUUUCAAUAAUUAUAUUAUUAUGUCUGAUGUUAAUUAUUACAUUAUUAUUAUUAUGAUUAUUAUUUUAAUAAUUACAUACUUUAUAAUGAUUGGUAUUAAUUAUUUCAGUAAUUACAUACAUGACGAUAUUAUGACUGGUGUUAAUAAUUAAUCAUUUUUGAAUCAGAAACUGGUUCAAUACACUUGUUAUCGUAAAAAUACUAGUAAGCCCAUGCCUCCGCCAUUUCGAGUACGGUCGACAUGAAACUUAGCAUGCUUAAUCUUUGGACACUUGCAUAAGGUUUGCUAUGACGUCAUGAUAGGUUCCUAUAGUACUAGUGUAUGUGUGUACGUCAUGAUAGGUUCCUAUAGUACGCUUGUACUGGUGUGUGUGUGUGUGUGUGUACUUAUGUCCUAUGCUGCAUGUAUUUUAGUAUAGGUAUGGAUCUGUAUCUAUAAAAAAUUUUCAUUAUCGAUAUACAACGUUUGUAUUUUUUGUAUGGAGUUUAUAAAGGCAACAGGUCAAACUGUUAUAUCAGUUCCUAAUUAAGCUGAUAUCUGGGCAAAAAUAUGAAGGUUUUUUUGUCCACAUCAAAGAGUUUGAGCCAAUUUAAAAUUACUCACAUGCAAUCUUACAUUCAAUACAUUGGUCCAAAAAGUUUUCAACUAAAAGUAUUCAACUAAAUCCCAACUUUAAUUAUUGCCACUUGAUGUUUACUUAGUUUCUACUGAUCUUCAUAUCUAUGACAUAACCUGAAUUUUAAUUUAUUUAAUUUGUAUCCGCUAACAUCGAUACCAUGACAUUUUGUAACCUACAAAGUGUGGUUUUACCCUUUUAAAUUACUAUCUAAGUAACACUUUUCGGUUUAACAUGGAUAAUGUGUGUUUAAAUCUGAAUAUUGUUUGGAUCAGUAUGAUUUAGUUCCAUUUGGUAUAGACCCAAACUUUAUAUUGUAUUGCCAUUGUUGUGCAAAAUUCAUUAACUCUGUAUUUGACUUCCAUUGUAGCAUUGUUGCCGUUUUAAAAUUCGUAAAAUAAAUAUAUUUUUUCAGCGUACAUUAUUCAUUUAAAUCAGUUCUUUUCUGAUUAAUAUUGUCUCGACAUUGUUCAUAAAAAUGUGAGAUGAUUUAUUCAAAUUAUGUCAAAAAUUAUUGUCUAUUUUGUGUUAGUUUAUUCUAGUUAUAAAUUAUUUGUGUUGUUAACUGAAUAAAAUUGUUAGACUUUA